CAUUACGAAACUAUCCUCUCCCCUUUCCGCAAUCCCAUCAUUACCCGCGUGAUUUUUUUAUUUUCUUCUUCGUUUUCGCGUCUGAUCUUCAAAUCGCAGCAGCCUGGCGAUUAUCUGAGUUCUAAUACACACGCAGAACUGUUCCACAUAACCCUAGAUGUCUGUAAUUUUCAGUUUUUGUUGAAACCGGUCAGAUUCUUGGUUUGGUCGAGCUGGUUCUUUAUUUGACAUAAUGGAGGUGGAUUUAGUCACGAGUGGUUUGUUGGAAGAAGAGACUGUUGGACUUGAUGACAAUAAUAAAUGUAACGUGCAGGAUAACGCAGAUUUUGAGGGUGAAAGAUGUGGGAUAUGCAUGGACAUUAUCAUUGACCGAGGGGUUCUGGACUGCUGCCAGCACUGGUUCUGUUUUGCAUGCAUUGACAACUGGUCUACAAUCACAAACCUUUGCCCACUUUGCCAGAGUGAAUUUCAAAUGAUCACCUGUGUUCCAGUGUAUGAUACCCUUGGAAGCAGCAAAAGUGAUGAGGAGUCCUUUUCCAGAUAUGAUGAUUGGUGCAUUGAAGGGAGGAGUAACACACUGUCGUUUCCAUCUUAUUACAUAGAUGAGAAUGCAGUUAUCUGCUUGGGUGGAGAUGGUUGCAAGAUUCGAGGUGGAUCUACGACUAUGGAGGGAGAUUGCAAUCUUGACACAUCAAUUGCUUGCGAUUCAUGUGAUAUUUGGUAUCAUGCUGUCUGUGUGGGUUUUGAUCCUGAAGGCACGUCCGAGGAUACAUGGUUAUGUCCAAGAUGCGCAGUUGGUGAAGCGCUACAAAAAACUGAUCUUACUUCAGAACAGAAGACAUUCGACCAGUGUGCUCCAGAAAAUGGUUAUUGCGGACUUCUUGCAGAGGCUACUUUGUCUAGAAAGGUCUCUGUACCUGUUUAUGAUGAAGACAAGAUGGCUGUUAUUGUCUCAAUGGCUGGAGGAGAUCCAGGAACUAAAGAACCAGGUGAGAGCGGUUCACUUCAUGAAGUCUCGCAACAAUCUGUUACAACUUUGAAACAGAAGACAUGCCACCAGCAUGCUAAAGAAGGUACUCAUAGUGAGCACUUUGCUGAGGCUACUUUCUCUGGAAAGGUCUCUGUAACUCUUGCUGAUGAAGGAGAGACAGCUGUUGUUGUCUCAAUGGUUAGAGAAAAUCAAUCCACUGCAGAACCAGAUGACUUUGGAUCAAACUUCACAGUUGAUGAGGAUCUCAAAGUCAUAUCAUAUGAUCCUGAUCGCUAUAGCUUGAAGGUGGAAGAACCGUCCGUUGAGAAAACUAUUAUUCAGCCAAUCUUGGAGUCUCAGGAACUGGAUCUGUCCUUAUCUCAUCAUAAGUCUUUUAGUAUGCCUUCUAAUUCAUUGGUGAUUGAUAAAUUAAAGUCUGGAUCUGAUCAUGGAACGAUGAAUAAAAUGAAUAGCUCUAAAGGUGUUGAGAAUUCUUCAAGACAGACACUCAAUGGGUUGUGCGCUGCAGACAAACUAUAUGAAAGUGAAUCCAAUAUGGAUAUUCAUCUUGGUUUAUAUUUGGGUUCCUUUUCGCCAGUUAAUGAUUUGAGAAAUAAUGCAACUGGAGACAAAGUGACUGGAGGAGUGAAGCUGCAGAAUGCUGCAGAUGACCUCUUGUCAAAAGCUGGCAAGAUUGUGCUUGAUGAGAAAAAGGAUCCUGCCAGAAUUAUUGGUGUGAAAAGAAAGGAUGCUGAUUGCAGGAGUGAUGGUGAUGAAGAAACCAAAGCAAAAGCCCAGACUGACAUUAUUGUGAAAAAAAUUAGGUCUGAGGGAGAUUUUCAAUUGAUUCCUUCGAAGAAGCAAGCUGACACACCAAUUUCAGUUGAUCUAGGAAAAUGCUCCCCCCUGAAAGCAGUUUCUGGAGAUGAUGAAAUGAAAUAUUAUACAGAAAAGAAAGCUGUUACUUCUGAUAUUAUGAGUAUAGUACAGGGGACCAGUCAAAGAUCAUCAAAAGAGUUUGAACGAUUGAUCCCUGCUGAUGAAUGCUCAAAACAAAGAGAAAAUGUGGCCUGCUUGAGGGUCAAAAAAAUUAUGAGGAGAGCUUCUGAGGAUAAAGACUCCUCAAUAGUAGUUCAAAAAUUAAGAAGAGAUAUAAGAGAAGCUAUUCUGAACAAGUCUUCAAAAGACAUUACAGAUAACCUCUUUGAACCAAAGCUUCUUGCCGCUUUCAGAGCAGCUAUAGCAGGGCCCAGCCCUGAAUCUGUUGGUAAGAUAUCACGAUUGGCCAUGAAAGCAAAGAAGUCCAUAUUGCAGAAGGGUAAAGUUCGUGAGAAUCUGACAAAGAAAAUAUAUGGGAAUUCCAAUGGAAGACGAAAGGCUGCAUGGGACCGUGAUUGUGAAGUUGAAUUCUGGAAGCAUCGCUGUGUGAGAGCUACGAAGCCUGAAAAGAUUGAAACUUUGAAGUCGGUUCUAAACCUCCUACAAAAGAGCCCAGAGGACCUAAAGGCAGAGCAGGCACUUGAAUGGGAGUCCACAAAUCCCAUCCUUUCUAGAUUGUAUUUAGCUGAUACAUCUGUUUUCCCGCGCAAGGAUGAUAUUAAACCCGUCUCAGCGCUCAAAACUCCUGGUAAUCCUGUAUCAGAUAAAGAACAACUCAUUUCGGUUGAGAAUAAGGUUUUACCGAAGGUCGGUAUUCCAGUGACUACUACAAUUGCUCCAUUCUCAAAGGGCAACACUGCUUCCAGUAAAGCGAAUUUGAAAAAACAGAAAGAAAGUUCUUCCUCAGGUACGCAGAGAGAAGUGGUUAAAUCUGACGUCAAACCUGAUACAAGAAAAUUAGCUCUGGAAGUUCUUGCAAGGAGAAAGGUUGAUGCAGGCAAGAAUGCAGUGUCUGGGAAACAAGAAGACAGUGUCAUGCUGAAAGGAAGUUAUCCCUUACUUGCUCAGCUACCAGUUGACAUGAGACCAGUAUUAGCUGCCAGCUUCCAUAAUAAGAUUCCCAUGUCAGUUAGGCAGACACAGCUUUACCGCAUGGCGGAGGGCUUCUUGAAGAAAGCAAAUCUUUCAGAGAUCCGCAGAACCGCAGAAACUGAAUUGGCUAUAGCUGAUGCAGUCAAUAUCGAGAAGGAGGUAGCUGAUAAGUCAAACAGCAAGGUAGUGUAUUUCAAUCUUUGUUCCCAGGAAAUAUUGCAUCGCUCCGAUGACAGCAAGUCUUUGAAAGCCAAGGAAUCAAAUCCCUCACCUGAAGUAGCAGUAGCGAUUGGUGGCUCAAAAGAAACUGCUGAUGAGGUUCCAAUUGAUCCUGAGGUCACAGAUGCAUUAAGAACUGCGGGCCUUUUGUCUGAUUCUCCGCCUGGUAGUCCACAUCAGAGAAUGGAGGUUCCCAGUGAUGUGGACAAUUGUUCUUUGAUUGGGCAGGAAGGGCCAGAAAAUGUCUUUGAAGUGGAUUCUCAUCCAGAGAUAGAUAUUUAUGGUGAUUUUGAGUAUGAUUUAGCAGAUGAAGACUACAUCGGUGCAACUGCAAUGAAAGUCUCGACGCAACCAGCAGAGGAAGCCCUGUCAAAAGUGAAAGUAGUUUUCUCCACACUCAAUUCUAAAAUGUCAAAUGAUGUUUCAGAUUCUGAAGAUCGUCUUAGGCCUGAGAAUGGUAUACCUAAUUAUUCUCCUCACACCCUGGAGAAUCACAGUGGUACAGCCAUCGGAAGCUUCCCAACAGAGGCUGAGACCAAAUCUUAUGUUCUUUCAGAAUCCUUACCUAAAGAAGAAAGUGGAGAACAAUCCGAUGCAGAAUGUGAAACAUUAUAUGGCCCAGACAAACAACCACUAAUAGAUAAAUUCCCGGAGCUGGUGGAAUUUCCAGCUGAGAACAAGAUUACUCGAGAUGAUGAAAAUCAUCAGUUAAAUCAAUCAGGAAAAGCAUCCCAGUUUGAAAGUGAGGGCUCCAGUGAGAAAAUUGUUGUUGCCUCUUCAGUUGAAGGGAAUCUACUCCAUUCUCAAACAAGUGAGAAUGUUCCGAGGAAGGAGAAGAUGCCCGAUGCCGACACUAACCAGCAAAACGAUGGUGUGAAAUCUGUAUCUAAGAAGGUUGAAGCAUACAUUAAGGAGCACAUGAGGCCACUGUGUAAGAUUGGUGUGAUAACAGCUGAACAGUAUAGGUGGGUAGUGGCGAAAACGACUGAUAAAGUUAUGAAAUAUCACUCCAAAGACAAGAAUGCAAAUUUCUUGAUCAAGGAAGGAGAGAAGGUGAAGAAACUAGCCGAGCAAUAUGUGGAGGCAGCCCAGCAGAAGGAAAAGAGCCAUCCUCAAUGAUGGUUUUUUUUUUGUCUGAUAAUUGCUGGGUUGAACCCUAAGAAUCCUUGAUACUGCCAUUCUAUACUUGGAAAAUAUUUGGUAGUAAUUGACUACCAAAUCUUGGAACUUUUUUCAGACAUGACAUGAAAAUGACAGAAGGCGUAAUUGUUGAAGUCUUCAAUAUAAUAUAACGAAUGAAUCAUCUAUGGAUUCUUAAGGCUUCAAAAUGUAAUUUUUCUUGUCAAUAAUUGCGUAAGGUGCAUCUCACCCUCC